AUGACAACAGUGUCCAUGGAGCCUGUGGGAGUCCUGGUGGGAAGAAGUACCAAUGCCACCAACCCCCCACUGAGCUCUCACGAGGAUACAGCUGCUACCUUCACCAUUGGUACCAUCUUGUCCAUCAUGUGCCUCAUCGGAGUCUCAGGGAACAUCUACACACUUGUGGUCAUGUUCCACUCCAUGAGAACUGCGGCCUCAAUGUACAUCUACAUUAUAAAUUUGGCUCUGGCAGAUUUGCUGUAUCUUCUCACCAUCCCGUUUGUAGUCUGCACACACUUCUUAAAGGGAUGGUACUUUGGAGAUGCGGGUUGUCGGAUACUCAUCAGCAUGGACUUCCUGACCAUGCAUGCCAGCAUCUUCACGUUGACAGUCAUGAGCACGGAGCGUUAUUUUGCAGUCCUCAAACCACUAGACACAGUCAAGAGGUCUAAAAGUUACCGAAAGGCCAUUGCGCUGCUGGUAUGGGCAGCCUCUCUCAUUCUCACCCUGCCAAUGAUUGUGAGCAUCCAGCUAAUGACAGUGGGCACCAAGGCUAUGUGUCAGCCCACCUUAUCCCCUCUGUCUUACAAGAUUUACAUCUCCUUCCUGUUUUGCACAAGCAUUGUUGCUCCAGGACUGAUCAUCGGCUACCUUUACAUCCAGCUAGCGCGCACUUAUUGGAUUUCACAAACUGAAACUUUUAAACAAACCAAGAAACUACCUAAUCAAAAGGUGCUGUACCUGAUUUUCACCAUCGUGCUCCUCUUUUGGGCAUGCUUCCUGCCUUUCUGGAUCUGGCAGCUGCUAGGUCAGUUCUACCCUUCACUGUCCCUCUCCACCAAAGCCAAACGCAACAUCAACUACCUGACCACAUGCCUGACGUACUCUAACAGCUGCAUCAAUCCGUUCCUCUACACCCUGCUCACCAAGAAUUAUAAGGAAUACCUGAGGAAGCACAAGCGCUCAUGGACGGCAGGCAGCUACUUCAGCCGACGGAGUCGUUUUCAGCGCUCACCUCGCAGGUCACCUUCUGCAAGCAGUCAGCAGUGUACUGAGAGCUUCAUGCUCACACACACUCCCUCCUUGCGAGCUCAUAACAGCAGUUUGUGA